AUGGAGAAUCAUCCCCAUGUCCCUGAGGCCCAAAGACGGUCCAUGAAUCAAUAUCACUAUCAGCAUUGUGGGAACGCCGAUGCCAUCAUCCUGGCCAACACCAGCUUCAACAUUCCCCUCGGCGGAAGCAUCUUGACAUCCAGGCCUGUCACGCCCUCUGGUGGCCCCAGUAUCCAUCUCGCACAGCCGCCUGUGAAUGCGGCUUGUGAGAACCAUAUUCUCUCAGCCUGCAAGCCUGAUGAUCCCAGUGCCGAUCAACGCAUUAGGGAGAACACCCGGCUUCUUGUAGACUCUGGGAUCGUCGAAAAGCUAGGCACCAACCAAGCUCUGGAUGCAUCGCGCUUCGAGGUUGACGACACCUCUUACAUGUCCCAGGACGAUGCCGAGACCAACAGGAAGCGUACCCAGGAGGCUCAUGCACGUUACUGGGAGGCAAUGGGAGGAAUCGAUCGGGUGAUUGGAAAGCGUCCACACAAGAAGUGA